CGCGUCCCGGUACCGUGUGAACAGCGGUAGAGAGAAGCAGCAGUCGUCACGUCGCAACACAGAGAGACGUUCCUCCUCUUCCUCCUCCGCCUCUUCCUCCUCCUCUCGUGCCGCCGCUGUCUGCUUUUCCCGGGAGAAACGGGAGAGAGGAUCGUUGUGGAAAUACAUUUCUAUUUCUUUUUUUCUUCUUCUUUCUUCUUGCAUCUUUGGUGCCGAAUGGUGGACUUGGCCAACAUGGAGACUGUGGAGAAGGAAUGCGGGGCUCUGGGGGGGCUUUUCCAGGCCAUUGUCAACGACAUGAAGUGCUCGUAUCCCGUAUGGGAGGACUUCAGCGCCAAGGCCACCAAACUCCAUUCACAGCUGAGAACCACGGUUCUGGCAGCCGUGGCCUUCCUGGAUGCCUUUCAGAAGGUUGCAGACAUGGCGACCAACACCAGAGGGGCAACCAGAGAUAUCGGAUCAGCGCUGACCAGGAUGUGCAUGAGGCAUCGCAGCAUUGAGGCCAAACUUCGACAAUUCACCAACGCUUUGAUGGAGAGCCUCAUCACUCCUCUGCAGGACAAGAUAGAGGACUGGAAGAAGACAGCCAACCAGCUGGACAAGGACCACGCCAAAGAAUACAAACGGUCACGGCAUGAGAUCAAGAAGAAGUCCUCGGACACCAUAAAGCUCCAGAAGAAAGCUCGUAAAGAGAUGCAGGGGCGGGGCGACCUGCAGCCCCAGCUGGACAGCGCCAUGCAGGACGUGACAGACAUGUGCCUGCUGAUGGAGGAGACGGAGAAGCAGGCGGUGCGGCGCGCCCUGGUGGAGGAGAGGGGUCGCUUCUGCACCUUCAUCGGCUUCCUUCAGCCGGUCGUGAACGGAGAGAUUGCCAUGCUGGGAGAGAUCACACACCUCCAGGCCAUCAUUGAUGACCUCACUGUGCUGACCUCUGACCCUCACAAACUACCCCCUGCUAGUGAACAGGUGAUCAAGGAUCUAAAGGGGUCAGACUACAGUUGGUCCUAUCAGACUCCGCCCUCGUCCCCCAGCAGCUCCAGCUCACGCAAGAGCAGCAUGUGCAGCAGCGUCAACAGCGCCCACAGUAGCGCCUCCCGCUCAUCGGGGGGCGGUGGUGGCGGUGGCGGCGGCGGCGGCUCGCUGCCCCACUCACCUACCUCUUCCUCCUCCUAUCGCUACCGCAGCAGCCUGCCCUGCCAACCCCCGCCACCGGGGGGCAUUGCCGCCCACCGCCUCAGCAGCGUCUCGUCUCACGACUCCGGCUUCGUCUCCCAGGACGCCAAUAUCUACUCCAAGCCGUCCUCGCCCAUGCCCUCUGACCUCACCAGCCAGAAGUCGUCCAGCUCGGCAUCAUCGGAGGCCUCGGAGACGUGUCAGUCGGUCAGCGAAUGCAGCUCGCCGACCACCGACUGGUCCAAAGCAGCUUCUUACGAGCAGCCCAUCGCCGCCACCGCCGCUGUCGUUCAAAGGAGGAAGGAACCGCCGCUCAACGAGGGUUCGCCCAGCGCUCAGGGCUACGCCGGCCCCUCGCACGCUGAUGACGGUCAAAGGCCAAGAAUGUCUUCAGCUGCCAUCACUGCCAAGUACGGGGACGAGGUGCCUCCAGCAGCCAGCGACCUGGCCAUGGUUCUGACCCGAGGUCUGAGCACGGAGCAGCAGAAAAGCAGCAGGGACUCGCUGCAGUACUCCAGCGGCUACAGCACAGAGACCACCACCCCGUCCUGCUCGGAGGACACCAUCCCUUCUCAAGGUUCUGAUUACGACUGCUACUCAGUCAAUGGUGAUGCUGAAGGUCCAGAUGGUCAAUCAGACUUUGACAAGUCCUCCACUAUUCCUCGUCACUCCAACAUUGCCCAGAAUUACCGUCGUAUGAUCCAGACCAAGAGGCCUGCCAGCACGGCUGGUCUACCUAGCGGGGCCCUCGGUUCGGGAGGUCACGUGAUACCUGGGCAGGCUGGAGCCACAGGAGGCGGAUCAGGGACUCCGGGAACCGCCACCAUUCGUAGAACCCCGUCCACCAAACCGGGUGUGAGGCGCACUUUGUCCAGCGCCGGCCCGAUUCCCAUCCGACCUCCCAUCGUGCCUGUCAAGACCCCCACCAUUCCCGGGGACUCCCACUCCCCCGGGGCAGGCGGGUACGUUGGUGGCGUACCGGUGCGCGUGGGCAGUGAGGAGUGCGUCUUCUUCACCGGUGCUGAUGACGCACAGGGCGUGCUUGAUUACGUAAAGGCCUCGCCCAAACGCCUCAGCCUACCUAACACCGCCUGGGGAUCUGGGGCGGCAUUGGAGGUCUACGCCCAGCAGCACGGCAUGAGCUUGGGAAGCGGGUCAGAGGAGGAGAAGAUGAUAGCGGCAAACCGGCACAGCCUCGUGGAGAAGAUUGGUGAGUUGGUCGCCAGUGCGCACGCCCUAGGCGAGGGCCAGUUCCCUUUCCCCGCCCUCCCGGAUGACCCCGCCCCCACGUCCGCCGGCCUCAACGAUGCUGUGACGGGGGCGGAGGGGGCGGAGGACUCAUCUGGGGACAUGCUGACCACCAUUAGGAGAGGCGUCCGCCUCCGCAAGACGGUUUCCAACGACCGAUCGGCACCGCGCAUCUUGUGAUUGGACUCCCGUCAGGAAGGGGGAGGUUCGUCACCGGCCGCCAGGGAGUCAGGUGGCUUGCACACCGAGUGCGCUCGUGAGAACUUAACCAUGUAGGAGAAUUCUCUCAUAUAACUCAAGAUGAAUGAAAACAUAAAGACACCGUUAGGGUCCACCAUAUCUAAUAUUAACAUGCUAACUCCUAGCGGCCGCCAUUACUAGUGUGUGUCGGACGCAUGCUUCUCUUCUCGACUCCACACGGGACCUUCUAGCAUCUUCUUCUCCAAUUAACCAGACUGUCUAAUAAGAUGAGGGGCAGGGAAUACCAGGAUGGAGAGAAAGGGGAGGGGCCUGUGCGGGAAGUGGAGGGAGUGGCAGAAGGGGGAGGGGUUAAAUCAUCACAUGACCUGCUGGAUUUUUGGACUGAAUCUUCUGCACCAGCGCGGGGAGCUGACUCGCUAUGGCGCCCUCUGUGGGUCGGCCUGCUUGUAGGCAUUGAACCGUGCUGCUGUUUCUUGUGUGUGCGGGUGCGCGUGUGUGUGUGUGUGCGAGGGGGCCGGUGGGUGGGGCUCCGCUGCAGGCCAGCCGUUGAGCCAAUGAGGCUUCUUCUCAUGUGUGUAGUGUUCUUUCUUCUCGUUUCUAUUGUGACGUCGUUCUCCUUGUUCGCCGCUGUGAGAGAAGCGUACAGACAUAUUCACACACACACACACACACACACACAUAUAUAAAUAUAUAUAUAUAUAUAUAUAUACUAGUACAUAUGAAAUAUACAUACAUAAUAUAUAUUUUCUAGAAACAAGAAGAAGAAGAAUGAGAAAGGCAGCAAUAAGUGUGUUUUAUUUUCUUGCUUGGAGGGAGAGGAUGUUGGGGAUGAAGAAGCACUUUUGACGCCCGUUGGAGGAUGGAGGAGGACGAGUGAUGAGACUGUUUUUCCACAUGAUGAAGAUGAGAGGAAGUGAUGAGGAUGAAUCUGGAGGAAAUCAAAGUCGUGGACGUUGAAAGAAAGUCUUGAAUGCUGUCCAAACAAUCGCCAGAAAACAAAACGUUUAGGAAGGUAGUCUUUUUAUGUUCCCAACAACAUCUCAGGCUGCAUUUUAAGAUGUGUAGCGAAGCCCGGGGAAGUUGUGAAAAGAUGCAACUUAAAAAGUGAGCAUCUCAAAAGUGGAGGGAGAUGAUAGAUUUUUAUCACGUUUGGUGCACAUAAAGACAACAGCAUUAAAAGUUAAGUUUACUUAACAUAUUACUGUCAUAAGGUCAUGAAAAAGUUACAUUUCCACUUUUAAUAGCUUCUUUUAAGAAGUCAGGUUUGGCUAAAAGGGGACGCGUUUUGUCUUUUUUUAUAGGAGAAAGAGUUUCAUUCACAUGCUAGGACAAUGUAGCAACUGCAUGGUUAGCACUGUGGACAAAAAUACGUGUUGGAAGUGCGUUGGAAACGUGUAAAAAAAAAAAGUGUCGUUGUCUAGCGGGAAAAAGUUUCAGUGAUCCACUGAUAGUUUGAGAUUUGGAGAGAAGCAUUUAAAUCAGCAUUUACUCACUUCUGAAUGUAACAUUUUAUUCACUUAGUCGCCAAAAUGCAACACAAAAUACACACAGCUCAGGACAAACAAGACAGUUUGUGGACACCUUGAUGAAUACAUGAUGAGGACAUGAGAUAGACACAUCGAGGACAUGAUGGAAUUAUUAUGAGGACAUAAUGGAGACACAACAAGGACAUGAUGGAGACACGACGAGGACAUGAUGGAGACAUUACAAGGACCAGAGGGAGACAUGACGAGGACAUGAUGGAGACACGAUGAGGACAUGAUGGAGACAUGAGGACAUGAUGGAGACACAAUGAGGACAUGAUGGAAACACAUUGAGGGUGUGAUGGAGAUACGAUGAGGACAUGAUGGAGACACAUUGAGGGCAUGAUGGAGACAUAUUGAGGGCGUGAUGGAGAUACGAUGAGGACAUGAUGGAGACACAUUGAGGGCGUGAUGGAGAUACGAUGAGGACAUGAUGGAGACACAUUGAGGGCAUGAUGGAGACACAUUGAGGGCGUGAUGGAGAUACGAUGAGGACAUGAUGGAGACACAUUGAGGGCAUGAUGGAGAUACAAUGAGGACAUGAUGGAGACACAUUGAGGGCAUGAUGGAGACACAUUGAGGGCAUGAUGGAGACACAUUGAGGGCAUGAUGGAGACACGAUGAGGACAUGAUGGAGACACAUUGAGGGCGUGAUGGAGACACAUUGAGGACAUGAUGGAGACACAUUGAGGGCAUGAUGGAGACACGAUGAGGGCAUGAUGGAGACAUGCGGACAUGAUGGAGACACAUUGAGGGCAUGAUGGAGACACGAUGAGGAUGACUGAUUUUUUUUUCUUUUCUUCUGCAGAUGAUUUUUCUUUCUUUAUCGUGUAAAAAAAAGAUCCUGCUGUGUGUAACAUAAUGAUGUAGUAUGUACGGGUCCAGAGUUCUUCUUUAUCGUCACAUUUUUAUUUAUUGACACUAUGAAGUGUCCAGCAGGGGGCGAUGUUUUGUUCAUUUAUUUUGGAUACUGUUUUCAUAGAGACCACUGACAUCGCCAUGCUAUUUAAACUCCGCCCACAUGACCUGGUUUAGGUCCAGAGUGGUGAAGGUUGCUGGUUCUAUCCCCAGAAGGUAGUCCUGAUGCUGAGUCAUCAGUUUGUGAAUGAGGUGACAAAACGCUUUGAGUACCUUGAAGACAGAACUGUCCAUCAAGUCUUCAAACAUGGACCAGAACUUGCUAGAACUUCACACAUGAGCCCUGAAGAGGUCCUUUCAAUAUAGUCACUCAUGUGUUCCUCACAGCCAAAAUUCUCCGCUUCACAAAAAUUGCUGGAAACACACUCAGUGUACAACUAUACCUGCUGUAGCGCCUCAUUGAGGCCUUUUAUAUAUAUAUAUAUAUAUAUAUAUAUAUAUAUAUAUAUAUAUAUAUACAGUCAAACCUGUCUUAGCGGCCACCUUUAUAGAAGGGCCACCUGCCUAUAGCAGCCACUGAAAAAUCCCCCGCAGCAAAUUUACAUGUUAUAGACCCUGUGUAUAGCAGUCACCUGUCCAACGCGGCCAGCGGCCACCCAUUUUGUCUCCCUUGGUCAAUAUCUGACCGCAUAUAGCGGCCAAAUUACCGACUCAAGUAGAAGUUUUGUUUUUCAAUCAAUGAAGCUGUCGUGUGUAGAGUUUAAUUACUGAGUCCUAGCUCAGUCACAAUCAUUCACAAGAUCCACACAAACUGUCAGUUGUUCCACAUAAAAAAGCCGUCUUCUUUUGAGCUUGCUAUUUCCUGGUCAAACAUGUAACUUUAAGAGCAUUUGCACCAAAACAUUACCACAAAUUAGGCUGGGAACAGGACGUGCUCCCAGCGACGCUACAAUAAAAAAAAACAUACGCUAGCAUGCAUGCGGCAGCGGGAGCAAAACUGAGUUCGGUUGUACUUAAUUGAAGUAUUUUAGAAUGUACUCACGUUAUUUUUCAUCAAUCCUCAUCCACAAAUCCAUCAAAGUCCUCAUCUUCUGUAUUCGACACAAACAAAGCCGUCUUCUUUUCCGUUCGCUACUAGUCUGUUAACUUGUCAGUGUUAUUCAGCUCCGAAGCAAAGAAGGAAACUUCUCCUGUUGCUUCUGCCAACUUUAUUUAUUGAACGUGGCCACCAGACAGCAGCUCAGAACACACACACAUCUCUCAGCAUCGUCUCUCCUUCCUGCUUGCCCACAAGGCAAAGGUUAAACAAGCCCCAUACAUAGCUGUCCCGGCAAUGCCUGUAAGAAAUGGCACCGUUUAUUUCCUGGUGUGAGACAAUGUGCACAAUGUGUGUCAAUACUGUAAUGCCGCUUGUUGUGGGGAAGGAGAGACUCACGUCGCCGAUGCACUUUAAUGGCUUUAUUAACAGCGGAGAACACUGCAGGACUUUACAUCCACGCCAACAUAAACACACUUCCCAACUCUCUCCAAACUCACAGCUAGCACUGAGCGUAGCUCUCCUGCUCGGGACGCCCACCGUCACUUCCCGUCACUUCCUGAUGAACUAAAGCUGUAAUGACACUGCCGUAUAAAAAGUAAAAUAUUAAAAACAAGCGUAAGACAUUACGUACUAGCACAGCUUUGUUCUGUGGGUCGUGGAUAAUAACAACAAGCCUAGUAGUGCUGUACAACUUUUAUCUGCAGUCCCACAGUCAACAUUAUUAUUAAUUUUUUUCCCUUUUUUUCCUUUUUUUUUCCUCUACUGGUCAACAUUCAAACUGGACCAAGCUGUCUAUAGAGGCCACCUGUCCAGAUGCCCUCUAGUAGCCGCGAUAGACAAGUUUGAUUUAAGGUCGAAAUGAUCAAAAAUGUCUGCUUCUCAAAACCUGCUGAAGUAAAAGGAAUAAAAUAUUUAUUUAGUUUCUUUACCCUUCAAAAGCCAAGAUAUUACAUAACCUCUGACACUUUUUGUAUAAAAAAAUUAUAAUAACAAAUAAGAGUGACACACACUUGUUAAAUGCUGCAUUGCUGCAAGCUUUGAAUGGGGAAAAAGUAGCACCAUCUUGUGGGCAAAUAUACGUAUAUAUAUACAGUAUAUACAGUAUAUGUGUGUAUAUAUAUACAGGUAUAUAUAUAUAUAUAUAUAUAUAUA